UGCGUUCCUCCGCUCCCCGCCACCGACUAGCUCGGUAGCCAAAGCAAAAGCACCGCAACCUGCCAACGCCGGAGCGGGAGCGGCGGCCGGAUUCACGCGCACCAACUCCACCCGCGCGCGCUCCUCAACACUACUGCCACUAAAUACUCAAUGCCUAGCUAGCUCGGCCGCGCAAGCACGCGCUAUAAGAGGCCACGCCGGUGCGCGGCAACCGGCAGCUCGUUCGAUCUUGCCUGCGACUUCGAAGCUGACUGUCACCGUCACUAGUAGUGUAUUGCGUCGAUGGCUCUGGGAAGAGGCAGUGCGAGGAACGGCGCCGCGGUCCUCCGCGCGGCGGCGCUGCUGCUCGGCUUGCUCGCGAUGAGCGCCGAGGCGGCCAAGUACACGGUCGGCGACUACGGGGGCUGGAAGUUCAACGUCGCCGGGUGGGCCAAGGGCAGGACCUUCCGCGCCGGCGACGUGCUCGAGUUCAAGUACAACGGGGCGGUGCACGACGUGGCGGCCGUGGACGCGGCGGCGUACCAGAGCUGUGUGGUGCCCAAGGGCAAAAGGGCGCUGAGCAGCGGGCACGACAAGGUGAGGCUGGUCAAGGGGAUGCACUACUUCGUCUGCACCGUGCGCGGGCACUGCAAGGCCAACAUGAAGAUCGCUGUCAGGGUCAUCUAGGGACCAGAAGUGGCUAGUGACUUGUUACCACAUUCAGAUCAGAUCGAUCCAAAGCUUUCGACUAAAGCCUUUUAGUUUGCUUAAUGCUUAAACCAACUGUUAGUUUGCUUCCCAUUGCCGUGCACUCUUGUUCUAGAUGCAGCAACCGCGAGUUACAAUUCCUGUUAAUUUGAAUAUGGGUCUAAAGCUUUCUGAAAA